AUGGUGACGGGCCAAGUCCAAGAGUCGCAGAAUAUUCUAAUCAACGGCAACAGGAUUGUGAGCAUGCAAAGUGAAGAGAUCAGUCCGGGGGCCGAGCACAAUUUUGAUGCCACAGGCAGGUUCGUCAUGCCGGGGCUCGCCGAUAUGCACGUCCACUUAUACUUCACCAACGAUCCAGCGAACUUCGCGACGACGGAUAAUUCGGUGCUCCCCGCGUUGCUGGCCAACGGUGUGACGACUGUUCAAGACCUCGGCAGCAACUGCGAUGCCGUUAAAGACACAGUGCAAAGAAUCGGACACAACGAGCUGCUGGGGCCGCGCAUAUUCACAACGUGCGAGAUGCUCGACGGCGAGGAGUCGCAAUUCGAAACGGUGAAGCGGUUGCGGGACCCUGAAGCAGUGGAAAAUGAAGUCCAGAAGCUCAUGGCGCAAGGUGUCAACAGAAUCAAACUUUGGUUAUCUGCGAAUUGGUCGCAAAGUCGCCUCAGCCUGGCCGACAACCUGAGGAAAGCCGGUGCCCGGAUGCGCGCCGGCACAAACUUGCCGCAGGGGCGCGGCCUCUGCCCGAAUGGCGCCACACAUACGGAGCUCAAGUUGAUGGUCAAGGCGGGAUUUACGCCGCUGCAGGCGCUUCAGUCUGCGACGACCAAUGCAUACGAGUCCUUGGAUAUGGGCUCCCAGUUGGGGACGAUUGAGCCGGGAAAGAUGGCGGAUAUGGUCUUGCUGAGGGGGGAUCCGGUCGAAGACAUCAACAACAUUGACACGAUUGCUGGAGUCGUCGUUAAUGGCACACUUCAUGGCAAGGAGGCGCUUGACAAGAUGCUCAGUGAUGCCGACGUCGUCAACAACUUGCCGUUUGCGUGUGGUGGCAAGAACGCCGUAAAGCCCAGGGUUGGAUGUUGUUCUGUCUAG